GGAGGGAAAGAGCAGAGGGGGAGAGUGCAGCAAAGAUCGACAUCUCAGAAACAAACAUGUCAAACAUAGUCUCUACGCCAGUGGUGCUCCAUCCAGCAGCAGAGCCUGGACCUUCGACUUGGCCUCCUGGAAAUGAGAGGCUGAGGUCCAACCAACCAAUUCACUACUCACUCUGACAGAAGACGGCUCAUUCCUGGGCUCAGGCUCUCCACUAACCGUUGGACAGAGUGGCCUGCCGUACAGCACCUCCACAGACUGGCCUACAGUAUGAUAUGACCGCAUGAGCACAUCAGGAUCUGACAGCUCCACCAACAUCAGACUCUCCAUGGCCUCAAGUAAGAGAGUAAUCUCGCGGGGCAUACGUAUUUACUUAUUGUGCAGGGCCCCUGCACGAUAAGAAAAUAGUAAUGGCUUGGGAGACUAUAUAGUAGAGAGAGAGUCACACACACAACAUUUUGCUCUCCCGUGUCACUCCAUUUCCAGUGGCCAUCUGUACUGUGUCCACAGACUCAGAGCAACUCUCAUUCAGCCAGCCUCGCUCCCUUGUGGAGAUGAUAAUGCCGAGAGAGAAGUGUGAAGGUAGUAUGGACUCUGUGUCUUCGUCAUCGAGAAACAGUUCUCAGCCACCAAAGUCAAGGACAGUUGGGAUACAGACUGAAUUGGUAGGGGACAAACUAUCAGCUAUCAUUGAAGAAGUUGAACAGCCAUCUCACCUUGGAAUGAGCCACAGAAAGAGAAGGGCCACCCAUCCGCUGUUUCACACACAGACCAGUGUCACAGCCGGCCAGUCUCAGAGGGAGAGCUACAGAGUGGGUCCAGUGGUGGCGGAGGGGAGGUCUGUGGUAGUGAGGGACUGCCACCACAAGGUGACUGGACAGCAGUACUCCCUGAGAGUCAUCAACAAGGCCGGGGUGUUUGGGCACGAGGACCUGGUUAUGAGGGAAUGCGAGCUGCUGCGAGGUCUGAAGCACGACAACCUGGUCCGGAUGGUUGAUGGGUGGGAGAGCUGCGAUGAAAUCUGCAUGGUCGCAGAGCACGUAGAGGGCACUGACCUAUUUGAUGCUGUCCUGCACUGUCGGCACUUCUGUGAGUCUGACGCAACUAUCGCCAUUAGGCAGCUGAGCAUGGCCCUGGUCUACCUCCAUGCCCACAAGAUAGUACACAGAGAUGUCAAACUGGAGAACAUCUUUCUGCACCAGGCAGGAGAGGGGAGGUGGAAUUUGAAGUUGGGAGGAAUGGGAUUGGCUGCUACUGCCUCUGAACCUUUUUCUCUCGUCUGUGGCAAUAUAUUCUACAUGGCUCCCGAGAUGAUCGCCGAGACUGGUUAUGGUACCAAGCUGGACGUAUGGGCUGCUGGUGUUGUAUGCUGCACUCUUCUCUCUGGAAUUAUGCCAUUUGGAAGUAACAGUAAGAGAGCUACAGUGUCCAACAUCCAGAAGGGUAGGUAUGCCUUCCUCUCUCCAUUCUGGGACAAUGUCUCGGAUAAAGCCAAGGACUUUGUGUGUCAUCUGCUGGUGGUAUCUCCAUGCCAGCGGUACAUGGCCACACAGAUGCUCCAGCACCCCUGGCUGGAGGAGAGGUGGGAGGAGACGUGUGGUCAGAGGGAUUCAGAGCUGAGCAGAGUUCUCAUGGAACACCUGGUCACCAGGUCUGCCACUGCCAGGAACGCUGCACUCCCUACACUUGUUGAGACGGCUUUGGACAAGAGGAAAAGCCUGCCAAACAUGAACCUACUCAGAAGGACCUCAUUUAAGACCCACAAGUCAUCAUAACUCAUAAUGCUACUGCUGCUCAAUCAUUUUUUUUGACACUCAUAAUAGUAUAUUAUAGCACGAAACAAUCACUUCUAAAUGACCGAUAUGAAAAUUGCUGUACAUACAUGCACGUUAUAAGUGUCCACACACCUAGUUAGUUGAUAAGUAAAGUUUGAAAACAAUAUGGCUCACUGAGAGUUAAGAGUGGCCGUAAUGAUGAUAUCGUUUCUUGUGAUGUAAUUAUAUAUAUUCCACUCCAUCUUCACUAUCUGUAGUAGUAGCUGUGGCAUUGUAGGCCACAUUACACUCCACCUCAUUUCGACCCACAUAACCAUAGGCCACAUUCUGCGUCAUGUCUUCCCCCAAUGUUGCUCUAUUGUCUUCAUUAACCACACCUCCACUGCUGAUGGUAGGGGUGUGUGAUUGGUGGGUGGAGACAUAUUCAGACUUCUCAGCUAAGGUCCCGGAUUUGGUCAUUGAUAGCUGACCACUGGCUGAGUUAUAGGCCACAGAAUCGGUUGUGUUCGAUAGCCUCUUCUUUGACCUUCGUCUUAAAAACACUGUCACAGAGAGAGCUGUAGUAGCUAUUAUCACCACCACUAUAAUUGCAGCA